AAGGCCCAUUUUUUUCUUCAGAAAUACAGCAACAUUAAUGGGACAUCCCAAAUAAUAACAUGAUAAGGAGGCAGUACUACUGUACUAGUAAAUGGCAAAGUUGCACAACAUUAACACCAACCAUAUUUUUGUGCUACUAAAUUAAUUGCCAUCACUUAACUCAACUACCUCCCUCCCAUUUUUCUCUUUGAAUUUAUUCAUCUAAUUUAAUCUUGUUCACUCUCAAUCUUCCAUACUCCCCACUACUAUUCUUAUCUUAAUUUUCUAAGGUCUAUAUUAUUUCAUUUUUCAUCAAAAUUAUAACAUUGUGAUAAUUUGUAAAUUAUUAAAAAAAAGGAGGAAAAAAUUGUUAAAAUGGCGGUAUACACCGAGAAGGUAGAGGAGGGAAGGGCAGCAACAGGAGAUAGGCCAUCGACCGGGGCGGUGUAUCGUAACAUUUAUGCUGUGGAUGCUCUCACUGGUGUACCUGAUGGAAUUGAGUCUCCUUGGGAUCUCUUUAGCAAAUCUGUGGAGAAAUAUCCCACCAAUCAUUUGCUGGGUUCUCGCAAAAUCGUUGAUGGCAAGGCGGGUCCAUAUGAAUGGCUUACAUAUAAAGAGGUGUAUGAUUCAGCUCUUCAAAUUGGGUCUGCUAUUAGGAAGUGUGGAGUUAAUCCUGGUGGUCAAUGUGGAAUUUAUGGGUCCAACUGUCCCAAGUGGAUCAUCGCUAUGCAGGCUUGUAACGGUCAAGCCAUAUCCUAUGUACCAUUGUAUGACACACUUGGCCCCAAUGCAGUGGAAUUCAUCAUUAACCAUGCUGAAGUCUCCUUAGUUUUUGUUCGAGAGAAAAAGAUACCUGCUAUACUAGCAUGCUUGUCAAAGUGUAACUACUUAAAAACCAUUGUCAGCUUUGAGAACAUCUCCAGCUCACAAAGAAAAGAAGCUGAGGAAGCUGGAGUGUCUUGUUUCUCUUGGGAUGAAUUCUCUCAAUUGGGAACUAUGGAUUGUGAAAUUCCUUUGAAACAAAAGACUGAUGUCUGCACUGUAAUGUACACAAGUGGCACAACGGGAGAGCCAAAGGGGGUGAUUUUAAAUAAUGCAGCUUUUACAGCAGAGGUCUUUUCAGUAGACUACCUGUUCGAGAAGACAGAUAAAUCGGCAAGUACAGAAGAUGUAUACUUCUCAUUCCUUCCCUUGGCGCAUAUAUUUGAUCAGAUAGUAGAAACAUAUUGCAUUGCCAAAGGCACUUCAAUUGGUUUCUGGCAGGGAGAUGUGAGAUAUCUGAUCGAGGAUCUCCAUGAAUUGAAGCCAACAAUGUUCUGCGGGGUUCCCAGGGUUUUUGAACGUUUAUACAAUGGUAUUGUGGAUAAAGUUUCAUCCAGUGGCGCUCUCAGGAAGAGCUUGUUUGACUAUGCCUAUAGCUAUAAACUGCGGAAUUUGGAGAAGGGAUUGCGCCAAGAUGAAGCCGCACCUCUUUUGGACAAGCUUGUUUUCAAUAAAAUCAAACAAAGCUUUGGAGGAAGAGUCCGCAUUAUGAUUUCUGGAGGAGCACCUUUGCCACGGCAUGUUGAAGAAUUUUUGAGGGUUACUUGUUGCUGUGUGGUGGUACAAGGAUAUGGUCUCACUGAAAGCUGUGGAGGAUGCUUCACAUCAAUAGCCAAUGUGUAUUCAAUGAUAGGCACUGUGGGAAUCCCCUCGCCUGCCAUAGAUGCAAGACUGGAGUCUGUUCCAGAGAUGGAAUAUGAUGCGCUUUCAACCACACCGCGUGGUGAAAUCUGUUUGAGGGGAAAUAUAUUGUUUUCUGGUUAUCACAAAAGGCAAGAUUUAACUCAAGAAGUUCUUAUAGAUGGGUGGUUCCAUACAGGUGACAUUGGCGAAUGGCAGCCUGAUGGAUCCAUGAAAGUCAUUGAUAGGAAGAAAAACAUCUUUAAGUUGUCUCAAGGUGAAUAUGUAGCGGUGGAGAACCUUGAGAGCAUAUACUCGCGGUGUAACCUUAUAACAUCUAUUUGGGUGUAUGGCAAUAGUUUCGAGUCAUUUCUUGUGGCUGUUGUUGUUCCUGAGAGAAAGGCAAUCGAGAACUGGGCAGCUAAUAAUAAUGAGACUGGGGACUUCGAAACACUCUGCAAAAGUACCAAGGCUAGGAAAUAUUUCUUAGAAGAGCUCAACAGCACUGGUCAGAAACACAAACUUCGAGGUUUUGAGAUGCUAAAAGCAGUUUUCCUCGAGCCCAUUCCUUUUGAUGUUGAGAGGGAUUUGAUGACUCCAACCUUCAAAUUGAAAAGGCCCCAGCUGCUUAAAUACUACAAGGAUACCAUCAAUGAGAUGUACAAUGAAGCAAAAGGGAAGAAGGCAUGAGAUGAGGAAACAACUUUGUUUAGAAAUGAGGCAUAAAAUAUGAAAGGAAAGUGAUUUUUUAGCCUUCUAAAAGUUAAUUUUGGCUCGACUAUGAUUUGUUCCUUCUCACACGGAGAAGUGCUAAAAUCAAGCUUUGGAUUGUUAAAAACAAUUUCCAAUACCAAUAUAUGGGACUUCCUCAAACCCAAAUAUUAUAUAUUUUGUAUUUUUACUAUAUCAAUAUAUCAUAUAGUCUUUAUGUUAACGCGUUA